CCCUUCCAUUUCUCCAUGGGCAGCCACCUGUCCCCGUGGCCCACACAUGCCAGCGGACAGACGAUUCUGCAAAAGCGAAAGCCCUGUUCUUCAGACGACUACCAGAGGCGAUCAGGGAGCUGGCAGCAGCCCUUGAGCACUGCCAAGCCCAGGUACCUGGAGCAGCUCGAGAACUACCUCCGCAAGGAGCUCCUCCUGCUGGACCUGGGCACGGAUAACUCCCAGGAGCUGAGGCUGCAGCCUUACAGAGAAAUAUUUGAGUUCUUCAUAGAGGACUUCAAAACGUACAAGCCAUUGCUGUCUUCCAUCAAGAAUGCCUAUGAGGUGAUGCUGGCCCAUCAAAGGGAGAAGAUUCGGGCUCUGGAGCCGCUGAAGGCCAAGCUCGUCACUGUGAAUGAGGGCUGCAACGAGAAGAUCCUGGCCAUGAGGGCCGAGGAGCGGAAUGAACUCUCCAUGCUGAAGACAGAGAAGAUGCACUUGCUAAAACUCAUUGACAAAAAGAAUGAGGAGAAGAUCUCACUGCAGAGCGAGGUGACCAAACUGAGGAAGAACUUGGCCGAAGAGUACCUGCACUACCUCACUGAGCGAGACGCCCGCAAGAUUCUCAUUGCGGACCUGAACGAGCUGCGCUACCAGCGAGAGGACAUGACACUAGCCCAGUCCCCGGAGGUCUGGGGGGAGGACCCUGUGAUGCUAGCACUGGCUCUGAAGAUGGCCCGGCAAGACCUGACCCGUGCCCAGAUGGAGCUUAACACCAUGAAGGCCAACUUUGGAGACGUGGUACCCAGGAGGGACUUUGAAAUGCAGGAGAAGACCAACAAGGAUCUCCAGGAGCAGCUGGAUGGCCUGAAAGCUGACUACGAAGAGGUGCGCAAGGAGCAUGAGCUCCUGCUACAGCUGCACAUGAACACGCUCAAGGAGCGGGACCAGUUUUUAUCGGAGCUGCAUGAGAUCCAGCGCACCUCCACGCCCCGGCCUGACUGGACCAAGUGCGAAGAUGUGGUGGCUGGGGGCCCAGAGCGCUGGCAGAUGCUGGCUGAGGGCAAGAACAGCGACCAGCUGGUGGACAUCCUCCUGGAGGAGAUUGGCGAGGGGCUGCUCCGGGAGAAGGACUUCUUCCCUGGUCUGGGCUUUGGGGAAUCCAUCCCUGCUUUCCUGCGGUUCGAAGGCCCCGUGCAGAACAAGAAGCCAACCAAGAAGGACGUGGUCAGCCUCCUCAAGGACGUCUGGAAGGAACGUCUAGCAGGGGAUAAGAAAGAGAAGUUCCCAGACUUCUUCUUCAGUUUCCUGGAGCGUCGCUUUGGGCCCCGGGAUGCCAUAGCCUGGGCUUACACCCUUUUUGAAAACAUCAAGCUGUUCCGCUCCAACGAGGUCAUGAGUCAGUUCUAUGCGGUUCUCAUGGGAAAGAGGAAGGAAAGUGUGUAUGUCAACCAGAAGGAGUUAAUAGCCUACCUGCUGAAGGAGAUGACAAACGCUGACAGUCAGAACGAGGGGCUAAUAACCAUGGAGCAGUUCAGCACCAUCCUCAAGAACACCUUUCCUCUAAAGAAGGGGGAGCAUAUUCAGGAGCUGAUGGAGAUAGGAGGCUGGCACCCCAACAGCAGCAACGCAGACUUGCUCAACUACCGCUCAUUGUUUAUGGAGGAUGAGGAGGGCCACAGUGAGCCCUUUGUGCAAAAGCUGUGGGAACAGUACAUGGAUGAGAAGGAUGAGUACCUCCAAGAGCUGAAGCAGGAGCUGGGCAUGGAGCUCCGUGAUGAAGUGACCGUAUACAAGAUGCGUGUAGCCCUGAUGAACAUCGACCCCAGCCUGGACAAGCAGACUCUGAGAGCCUACCUGAGCCAGGCCUUCCAGCUUCUGCCAUCAGAACUGCCAGAGGAGGGCAACGAGAAGGAACACAGCAUUGUGACGGGGCUCAAGACUGCGAUGGAACAGCUGCAGGCGGCUGACAUCAAGCGCAUGGGACCUCGAGAGCAAGAGCCUGCAAACUAG